AGUUUGGCAUGUUCCUCGAACGCUGGAUUGCUGCAAUGACAAAGAUAGUGAGCUCUUUCACCAGAAGCGAUACAAGCUUUGACAGUAAAUCGGGAAGCAAACGCCGUCAAAAGAAGACCAUAAUUAUAGUUGCUGUGAUUGUCGGUGCCGUAGUACUCGUUGCUCUCGUGCUAAUUGCUAUAAUUGUAUAUCUGAGCACAAUGCAAGCAAGGGAUGUUGUUAUAAUCAAGGAAUCUAGUCAAAAUACGACAGCUGCCAUCGAAGAGACUACAACGGACUCUAAGUGUAAAUGUGUAUGCACCAAGAAAGGGUUUGCAAAGCCACAUCCGCCUCUACUUGUUAUAUCCUUUGAUGGAUUUGCAAAGAACUACUUGUCACGAAAACUAUUACCAACCUUCGAAAAGAUAGCGGAAUGUGGUGUUCGAGCAGAGACAGUAUAUCCAGGAUUUCCCGCUCAAACAUUUCCAAAUCAUUGGACUAUGGCGACAGGGCUCCACCCCGGUCACAGUGGCCUUGUUGGAAACACUAUAUAUGAUCCCGAAGUUCUUCCAAAACCUAGCCGUCUGUCGCAAAACCUAGACCUUAAUGAGGGCUUUUACACAGCGAUCCCAAUUUGGGAUUACUAUAUGAAAGAGACCAAACAGAAGGUCGCAACGUACUCGUGGAUUGGAUCUCAGCAUCUUAGCUCGCAUUACGAGCAGCCGGAUAUCAUGUUGCCGUUCAACAAAAGCAUGAAACCACCCGAUCAAUUUUAUCAGGUACUAAACUGGCUGAAAAUGGGAAAGGAUCGUCCAAAUUUCAUAAUGUUAUACAUAAUGGAGCCCGACGCUACUGGUCAUGGAACCAUGGGUGCAAAGCUCAAUAAUACAUUAAUCGAAGUCGAUGAUGUACUCCGCAAAUUCAUUGAAGAAUUGAAAAAAGAGGGCCUCUAUUGCUGUAUCAACAUCGUCAUCGUCUCAGAUCAUGGAAUGACAGAAAUCAAGCACAGCGUAGUUAUUGAAGACUAUAUGAAUGUUACUGGAAUGUUUGCUAUACCCGGUAUAAUAGCACAUAUAUUCAAGCAUGAAUCCACCUUGAGCAUUGAAGACAUGGAAAAAGGGUUCACCUGCAAGAAGGAAGACCACGUGCGUGUAUUUAAAAGAUCAACAUUGCCUUUGCGCUUGCGCUUCACCUACCCUAAUCGAAUUGGUGAUUUGGUACUAAUUUCGGAAGAGAAUACAGGCGUUGUGGUUUCGAAAAAGGACGUUAGAAAACAUAAUUCCCAUGGUCAUGACUAUGUAAAUCCGGAUAUGCACACAGUGAUGUUUGCAACAGGGCCGAGUCUCAAAAACCACUUUGUGCUACCUCCAUUUGAGAUGGUGGAAUAUAUGAACUUGUGGAUGAAAUUACUCGGACUACCUGCACGGUCAAAUGAUGGCGAACCUGAUUUUAUGGAUUUGGCUUUGAACAAACCGGUUGGACGGGGGUAUAAAAUUGACUCUCCCGCUAUAGAGAAAUGUACCGAUACCUAUAUGGGAUCAACAAAGCUGGAGAAUAUAUGUGGGACAUGCUCGCAAGAUGACCAGGAAGCAUUUCGUAGUUGGUCAGCUUGUGAUGGUCCUGGAGUAUCAGCCGUGAUCAAACCACAUUCAGAAACCGAAAAAGAUUUAUUGUGUGUGCUGGAGGGAUGUAAGGACAUGGCGAUCUUUACAGGCUCCCGCGAUGAAGUGUACGAUGUUGCUUUGUUUGAAAUCUACCAGAAGAAUAACAAUGAAAAACUGCUUGGCAGUAAGUGUACAUAUCGUUUGCUGAAGGAUAAGGAGGGAUGUGGACGCCGUUCUUUCGAUGCUAAUGAAAAUGUGCAUUAUAAGACACUUUCAGCCGUUGCAGGAAGAGUAUUGGCCAAUGAACAUCGACUCAUCAUCCCUUGGAAAGCCAAAUUCAUCAAAGAUAUCCUGACACCAUUGAAUGAGUACACAAAUGAGAUGGUAACAAAGUUUGGAAGAGUCGUAGCCAUUACUGGAUGCACUUAUAACGACAAUAACGAUGGGAUACGCUCAAAGAAAAUUUCGAGAUCUAGAUAUCCAACUCAUCUCUAUCGAAUUCUCCUCACUUGUGACGGUGAGUGGGCCGACGACGGCGACUACUGUGCUAAUGCAGAAGCGACAAAAGUUCUAUCAUUUGUUUUUCCUCAUAUGGAUGGAGAUCCCAACUGCCUGGCGAGAAGAGAUUUGCUACUGCAGUAUACCGCGACAGUGAAAGAUAUUGAAAAACUACUUGGAAUCCAGUUCAACUUCGUAAAGCUAUCAAACACCCAACAGAUGUUGUUAAAGAUGCAUGUGACUAUAGAACUGUGGUAGAUUAACAGCAUGCGAAUUAAAAUCAGAAUGUACGUCUCUUACUUCAAC